CGGCACGAAGGCCCGAGGCGGGGCUUCUAGGAGAGGAAAAUGGCAGCACGCCGGUUGCGGCUUGACGUCGGCCGGCUGUUUGCGGUGGGGGCAGAGCUGGGGAGCGGAAGACGAGCUUACAGCACGUCCCAGGCCUUCGCGGAGGUUCUACGGCUGCCCAGCAAGCAACUGACGAAGCUCGUGUUCCCACUGCAAGAACUCGAGCGGCAUUUCGUCCCGGGCUCGAGGCCCGACCUUCACCUUAAGAUCUUCGACCCGAGCCUGGAUGACAUCGCGAGGGCGGAGAGCGUCUUCACGGCCUCCUCGCGGAACCGCAUCGAGUACCUCAGCUCCGCCGUGCGUCUCGACCACGCCCCGGACCUCCGCCGUCCUGAGGUGUGUUUUAUAGGCAGAAGCAAUGUUGGAAAAUCCUCUCUAAUAAAGGCUUUAUUUUCACUUGCCCCAGAGGUUGAAGUUAGAGUCUCCAAAAAACCGGGCCACACAAAGAAAAUGAAUUUUUUCAAAGUUGGAAAAUACUUUACAUUGGUGGACAUGCCAGGUUAUGGCUAUAGAGCACCUGAAGAUUUUGUUGACAUGGUAGAAACCUAUCUAAAAGAACGAAAGAAUUUGAUGAGAACAUUUUUGUUAGUGGAUAGUGUUGUUGGAAUUCAAAAAACUGACAACAUUGCCAUAGAAAUGUGUGAAGAAUUUGCAUUACCUUAUGUGAUGGUAUUGACAAAAAUUGACAAAUCUUCCAAGGGACAUCUUUUAAAACAAGUCCUUCAGAUCCAGAAAUUUGUUGACACUAAAACACAAGGAUGUUUUCCUCAGUUGUUUCCUGUAAGAUUCUUGCUGAAUCUUCCCUGUAGUAUCUUCAUGAUCUUUCUACCUCAGCCUAUUUCAACCCUAGACCACAGUAGAAGUGAAAACGUUUUACUUUUUAAAUCACCUAAACAACAGCCAUAAUAAAGAUACUACCAUCUCCUUCUCAAUUCUAAAGAAAAACAACUCAUCUUUAUGGUAGAAAGCUCAUUCAGUCUGUGAAGGAUAAGAAUUUUCCUUUUAAAGGAUGAUGUGCAAAGAAGAAAUGCUUCGUAUAAGUUAGAAUUAAGCAUCAGUAGCAGACAGGAUGGUUAUUUCCUGAGCAGCAAUUUUUGAGAUAUUAGAUGUGGUUUAGCAAUGAAACAUGAGUUUGUCUUUUCAGUGUACAGUUUGGGUACAGUAAGUAACCUCUUUACUAGCAAAAAUGCAGUGCCAUUUCCCUGUGAUUUUCUGACUCUAACUUCUUUGAGGCACUAUGAUAGUUUCUAUGAGAAAAUAAUGAAACCAAGUAGCACUUAGUUGUAUAUGAAACUGCCCUCUAAGCAGUCAUUCUUCUUCCUACAAAUCCAGAUCACAAUUAAAUUGUUUGUAAUUAUGAACAUGCCAGUCUAAAUCCAUCUUCAUUCUUUCCUACAAAAUGCUUUUCCCCCUUGUCUUACAUUCAAGUAUUUAUCCUGUUCAUUUGUCUGUGUCCCAUAUAUACAGUGGAAUCUCCUAGGGGCAGGAAUGAAAUCCUAAUUCUUCUUAGAGCCCUGAGCAUUGUCAUAGAAAUAUAUCUGUUUCUUUUAAACAUUUAAUAAGAAGGAAGUGAGACUUCAUCUAAAAAGGCAAAACAAACAUAAGAUGGGCAAAUUAUGGCCUAACAGCAGCAUUUAUUGAAAAAAAAUGUUUUAGUUGACUGUAAGCUGAGUUUAAUAGUAUAAUGGGACUGGGGAAAAAUUGACAAUGUUUUCUUGAGCUACAUUAGUAGAAUUAUAGUGUUCAAAACAAGGGAAUGAUCAAACAGUAGUCUCACACUGCUGUAAGCUGUAUGCUACCAGAUCAAUUGAGCUAGAUUGUGGCUUGACAUUAAGAACAACUAGAGCUAUCUGAAAACAGAUGGUCUUGGGGGAGGUUAUGUCACUAGAUCAUUCAAAACACUUAAUUGAUCCACAAAGUAAGCAUCCCUGUUUCACAGAUACGAUUACAAGUCGGAGAAGUGAAGUAAGUUACAGAGAGGUAUUUGCUGAAAUAGAAAGAGCAUGAAAAAAAAAAAAGCAUGGACCUCAGGGUCAGACAGCCAUGGUUUUGCAUGGUUCCUCUACUUCUUGGCAGUAGCUUUUAAGCAACUUAUUUCAUUUUCUGAGUAAAAAAAUAUGACAGUUAGAAGGAUUAAAUAAAAUGCAUUGUGACUGAUGGACACACAUUAGCCACAUAAUAAAUGUUAGUUUCUUUCCUUCCCAAAGGUCAGUCAGUCAGUGAAUGGCAGGGUUAGGCGAACAACCCAAACUAUCAGAUUCUCAAUACUUUUUAGAGGCAUACCCUUCUUUAGAUGUGCCAGCAUUUUCUGCUGCAUGACCUUGGAAUCACUGUGCCACUGUAUCACUAAGUGACUGAGGCACUGCAGAAGCCACACAGCACUCAAAGUCUUAAGAAUUGAGACACACGCAGGAGGCUGCUGGCUUUCAAGAACUUCAACAUUCACCAUACCACAGUGACAACAUACAGGAAGUUGUCAGGUUGUACUCUGUAGUUCUCAAAACCCAAUUCAGAAAGUAGAGUUGUUUAUACUGCUUGCUUUUAUUUGCUUGACCAAGUCCCAGUACAUCCCUCCAAAAGAGAAUUUGGCCUACUCACAGAAUAAUUAUUAUAAAGUAAGUCAGGUUUUAUUUCCUUCUCUUCCUGUAUGAUCUUGGUAGGAGAAAGGUGGAAGUGCGGGUAGACAUGUAGUCCAACAGGGUUUGGCCUUUAAGCCUGUUGGCAAAAGUUAAGUGCUAACCUUCAUGUCUGAACUCUGCCCCAGCUGAGAAGAGAAAUAAAAUUGGUGCAAGACCCCUAAAGAUUGAUGCUGGGAUCAGUCUGUUUUUAUAAAUGGUAUGGAAGAAAUAUAUAAGUAGGCACAAUAUAAUUGUUUCUGUGGUUUUCAAGCAAAUGAGAACUGAAUCUUAAGGACAAGAAAAUCAUAUGAGUUAACAGAAAUGUUGCAAAUCAGUUCACGGUGCCAUAGUUAGUGUGUGGACUAUCCAACUUGUAUCGCUCCUUUAAACCGUACAUGUGCAACUUCAG